AUGUAUCGAUACGCGGUCAUGCGCGUGCACGAUGCGAGUGCAUCACGGCGCCACGGUGUUGUUGUGGAGGAAGCAUCUGCCAGUGCCCCUGCAUCCUGCUCUGAUUCACCUGUAGCUACCAGCUCCAAAAGUGGUGAGAAAAGUAUUGAAGGUUUUUUCCAUGCACCGCUUGCUAACAAUUCCGCGCGCUCCACGGCAAUAACAGAUGCUAUUGCAUUGUUCAUCUGCAAAGAUAUUCAGCCCUAUAGUGUCACGGAGAACGAAGGUUUUAAACACCUCCUCCAUGUUUUGGAGCCUCGUUAUAAGAUACCAAACCGAAAGCUAUUCUCCGAUAAACAGAUUCCUGCUCUGUACGACAAAGUCAGAAGAGAGAUAGAGGAGUCUCUGCACAAAGCCCAAAGAGUUGCUUUAACAGUGGACGGUUGGACAUCUUGCGCUACAGCAUCAUAUGUAACGGUUACAGCACACUACAUAGAUGACGGGUGGAUUCUCAAAAACCACGUUUUGCAGACCAGAGUGUUCAACGAGGCUCACACAGGGAAUAAUCUAGCCGUUUUACUUCAGGAUGUUUGCCGCGAGUGGAAGAUCGAAGAGAAGAGCCCCGCGUUAGUCACAGAUAACGCCAGAAACAUGAUCCUGGCUGGUGCUGGUGCCAAAAUGGACCCACACGUGAGAUGCAUCGCCCACACAUUGAACUUGGCAUCUCAAAAAGCCUUUAAGGUGGACAGUGUCUCUGUGCUGGUGGUGAAAGUUAGGAAGCUUGUCACCUUUUUCCACAAAAGCCCCAAGGCAACUGAAGUUCUGCGUGAAAUACAGACCCAGUUACACCUGCCCAACCACAAGCUCAUCCAUGACGUUUCCACCAGAUGGAACAGUACCCUCGACAUGUUGGAGCGUUUCUGGGAGCAGCAGCCUGCUGUGCUGAACACCCUGCUAUCCAGGAAGAUAAAGAGGCGUGAGGCUAUGGCCAGUUUGACAGAAGAUGACAUGACACUGAUCCCAGAGAUCAUCAAAUUAAUGUCACCACUGAAAGUGGCAACCACACUCCUCAGUGAGGAAAAAAAUCCCACCAUCUCCAUUAUCUCUCCAGUCCAAGCCAAAUUGCAGAGACAAUUCCAACCAGAUGAGAGUGAUCUAGAGGUUAUUUCCCAUAUGAAAGACAGAUUCAGGCAGGACUUUGAUGGCCGUUAUACAUAUCUUGAAGGCACUCUCCACUGUGCCUCAGCACUUGACCCCCGUUUUAAAGACCUGGCUUUUCUGGAUGACAGUGAUGCCAAGGAUAUGGUAUUCAUGAAGAUAACAACAGAGGUGGUACAGAUGAAUGGAGAGGAAGAGGUCAGUGACACAGCAAUGCCGAAUGAAGACCAGGCAACAGGCACAUUGGAAGAGGACCAGACAGCUGAAACAGAAGGCGACAAAAGCCCUUCCAACGAGGACAAGACAGAUGAUGCCCCUCCAAAGAAAAAGACUGCCAUGGACCAGAUGUUUGGAGAUUUCCUGAGUGCAAGACCACCAGCAAAGACCAUCAGGGAGAAAGCUAAGGAUGAAAUCUUAAAAUAUAGAGAAAGGGACACUUUAGGUUUGGAUGGGGAUGUGUUGCAGUGGUGGAGACUGCAAGUAGAUCUUCCACUACUAUCAGCUUUAGCAAAGAGAUAUCUGUCCAUCCCAGCAACAAGCGUACCAGCUGAAAGAGUUUUCAGCACAGCUGGAGAUAUAGUUACAGCUCAGCGUAGCUUGCUUCACCCUGAUCAUGUUGAUCAGUUGAUAUUUCUGAAGAAAAACCUUUAACUGAAGGUGACUGACCGAUGUGCACUAUUCUAAAAAGCAUUUUUUUUUAUUUAGAAUUUUAUUUAAUUUUUAUUUUAUUUUAUUUUAUUAGCCUGUUGUUUACAGUGACAGUGAUGUUUCAAAGUAAAAGCAGCAUAACACUGCUAGUUCACAACGUUAACUUUUGAAUAUUCAGUGGCAAAACAUCUUUGUAAAACUUAUUUUCAUAGUUGAAAACUGAAAUCACAAUUCUUGUUGUGCAAUGGUAAGCCUUCUUUCUGUUGAAAGAGUGCAAAUAUUUUUUUUUAGUAUGCAUUGCACUUAUACCUUCUGUUUAUCUUGGAAAUACUUAAAUAAUAUGUGCCAUGUGUUCUAAAAUGGCCCUCUACUGUAAACCGACACUCAGGCUCUGAGAGAAAAGCCAGUUUGUAAAAAAGUCUUGGUUUUACUUGGUUAAUAAAUAAUCAAACUCA